AUGACAGAUCUGUGCUCAAAGGGAACUACCCCUCCACUGUACGUACAGGUGGCUGUGCACUAGCAUGCAUAAGUGUAAGGACAACUUUUGAACUGCAUUGCACUGCCAUCUAGUGUUCACCCCACCCGUCGCUAGAUGGUUUAUGUAUUUUACUCACCGAUGUGAUAUGGCCCCUACAAUUCAAACUAAUGGUAGUACAACCGAAAGAGAUAAACGUACGGCUAGGCCAGCAGAAAAAAGAUCCGAGUUAAUAUGUAGAGUUAAAUAUUGUAAUACAUUGCCAGAUAUUCCAUUCGAUCCUAAAUUCAUCACAUAUCCCUUCGAAUCCACUAGAUUCAUUCAAUAUAAUCCAACCUCAUUGGAACGUAAUUAUAAAUAUGAAGUAUUGACAGAACAUGAUUUAGGUGUGGAGAUUGAUCUUAUAAACAAGGAUACGUAUGCUGGUGAUGUUAACGCUCAAUUAGACCCUGCAGAUGAAAAACUCCUGGAAGAAGAUGUUCUUACUCCACAAGAUUCUAAAAGAUCAAGACAUCAUGCCAGAAGUGUGUCUUGGCUUAGACGUACAGAGUAUAUCUCUACAGAGCAGACUAGAUUUCAACCACAAACUGUUGAUAAAGUUGAAGCUAAAGUCGGUUAUAGCAUUAAGAAGAACUUCAAAGAAGAAACACUAUAUAUGGACCGUGAAAGUCAAAUAAAAGCUAUAGAAAAGACAUUUGAAGAUAACAAAGUAUCAAUUGAAAGACAUUACAGUAAACCAAAUGUGGUACCUGUAGAAAUUUUACCAGUAUUUCCAGACUUCAAGCUAUGGAAAUAUCCUUGUGCCCAAGUCAUAUUUGAUUCGGAUCCAGCCCCGACAGGACGUUCCGUGCCGGCUCAAAUCGAGGAAAUGUCACAAGCCAUGAUUCGAGGUGUAAUGGACGAAAGUGGCGAACAAUUUGUUGCUUACUUUUUACCUUUGGAUGAAACAUUAGAGAAACGCAGGAGAGACUUCACAGCUGAAAUUGAUUAUGCAGAUGAUGAAGAAUAUGAAUAUAAAAUGGCUAGGGAAUAUAAUUGGAAUGUUAAAAGUAAAGCUUCAAAAGGAUACGAAGAAAAUUAUUUCCUUGUUAUAAGACAGGAUGGGGUAUAUUAUAACGAAUUAGAAACUCGCGUGCGUCUUAGUAAACGUCGUCAAAAAGUUGGACAGCAACCAAAUAAUACGAGAUUGAUUGUAAGGCAUAGACCACUCAAUGCAAAUGAAUUUAAGAUGCAAAGAUACAGGGAAAAGCAAUUGGAACCACCUGGAGAGGAAGAUGAAGACGAAGAAGAGGAGGAGGAGGAGGAAGAAGAGCCUCAACAAGAAACCGAGAAAGCUGAUGAAAGAGAAAAAUCCGAAAACGAAGCCGGAUCCAAAGCAUCGUCUAGAGCAUCCUCUAGGGCGUCCAGCAGAAAAUCUAGAUCUCGUUCGAAGUCCGGUUCGAGAUCAAAAUCUCGAUCUCGAUCACCGUCAAAAUCCAGAUCUGGUUCCCAUUCGCGAUCUGAAUCACGGUCCCCCUCUAGAUCGCACAGCAAAUCUAGAUCAAGAUCCGGUACCCCGCAAUCGAAAAACUCUUCUAAAUCAAGGUCCCGGUCGAAAUCAGCUUCAAGAUCUCGUUCUGGUUCGCCAACCAAGUCUCGAUCUGGAUCACCAUCGAGCUCGAAAUCUAGAUCAAAGUCGAGAUCUCGAUCGAGGUCAAAAUCAGGCAGCGGCAGUGGCAGUGGUUCCGGUAGUGGCAGUGGCGAGAGUGGUUCCGAAAGUGAAUAAAUAAUUAAGAACAUUUUUGUUGAAAAGUAAUCGACGCUACUGAAAAAAAAUUUUUAGUAGUACUUGCGGGUAAACUGAAACAAUUAGACAUUUCUUAAAGCCACUAAUGGACUGUUAUUUUGAAAGCGUUUCUUCAUUAUAUGUAUAUAAUGAUUGUCAUAAAUGUAUGGCAUAUUACGAUACAAUUAAACAGUUGACAUUAAUAAAAAAAAAUUACGAUUUAUAAAGAUCGUUAUAAAUUAUUAUUACACGUGGUGUUAACAAAAAUAUGAAACAUUUUUUUCAGGAUUAAUUUGAUAUGUUAAAACAAUGAAAUAAGUUCUUUUAUCAAUUUUCAAUUUGAAGCUUCGUUUUCGAGAUGUAAGCAGUUAAAAUUUACAGG